AUGAGCUGCAGUACGCCAUUUGGUUCGUUUAAGGGGUGGAGGGAGGAUGGCGUGGUGCAGUAUCGAGGUAUCAAGUAUGCUUUCUUGAGAAAUCAGAUGGCGGCUCCUGAGCUGGUUACUGGAUAUGGCUCUGAAAUGGUGGAUGCGACGGAGUUUGGACCCCGCGCACCUGCAAUGGAUGGUUGCGCUUUUGAGCAGUCCACGUUGAUACAGUGUGAUAUUGGCGGCGGUCCAGAUCUUCCCAUGUCAGGCACAGAGUGCUUGAAUUUGAACGUGACUGUUCCUGCUGACACUCUUGUAUCUGGAGGAUUGCCAGUCAUGGUGUUCAUUCAUGGUGGCGGCUUCAUCAUGGGUGGGUCACACUGGCCGCAAUAUGACCCCUGUCAACUGGUUAAAAUGUCUGUGGAAAUGAAAAUGCCUAUUGUCGCAGUCAACAUCAAUUUUCGCUUGGGCAUACUGGGCAACUUGACCAGUGAAGAAUUGAGAAGAGCGGGAUAUCCUGGAAAUAAUAGCUUGAGGGAUCAGCAAUGUGCACUGAGAUGGGUGAAGAAAUUCAUUGGGGGAUUUGGAGGGGAUAAGGACAAUGUGACGGUGCUUGGAGAGAGUGCUGGUGCUGUGUCGGUAUUGCAUCAGCUGAGUGCUAGAGAGCCACUCUUCAAGCGUGCGAUCAGCAUGUCCGGGACACCGCUCAUGCUUAAGCCAAUGUCUGCCUCUGCCGCAGAAGCAUCUUAUGACAGCAUUACAAAAGCUCUGGGGCUUGAAGGCACUUCAACGCAGGAAAGAAUCAACCGCCUUCUCAACAUCAGCUCGGAAGAGCUUGUCGAAAAAACUCCCAUGACUGUUCCUCUCAUACCUUUCCAGGACAACAAUAUUCUUCCUCAAACCCCGACGUUCACGGACUUGCGAAACAACAACCUCUCACCUUUAAACGAUACAUUUUGCGAAGAACUUUUGAUCGGCUCCUGCGCACACGACGGCAACGUCUUUUUCUUCAUGGGUCUAUCCUCUCUCUUCCCAAAUAUCGCGUCGGCUCUCACUUCCUCUUUUUCUCGCUCUCUGUCUGCGCCGGCGGCUCAAAUUGUCCUUUCUACAUACGGCGUAAAUCCUUCGACUCCCGACGAGGAAGCCAAAGAUUAUAUCAUCGACCUGGCUACAGACAUUGCAUAUCAUGCACCUGCGCAACACUAUGCUCGCGCAUUUAAGGGGAGGACCUGGACAUAUAGAUUCAAUCAAGGAAAUCCUUGGGAUGGGAUGUUCAAGGGAAAGAGUACGCAUUUGCUGGAUGCGGCAUUCUUGUUCCAGAACUUUAAUGAUUAUAUGGAUGAUGAGGCGAAGGAAACAGCUAGGAGGUUUGCAGAAGACUUUGUAGUGUUUGCGAGUGGAAAGGCAAAUGCAACGUGGGAUGAUGGUUUGGAAAGAUGUUACGGCGAGGGUGGUUGUAAGGAAAAUAAAUUGGAGAAAUUGAUAAGAGAACAAAAGGUGGAUUUGGAUGAACUGAGUGGAGCGUGGGAUAUAUUUCUGGCGGGAAAGUGA